AUGAUUGGGGGGGGGGGGGGGGGGGGGGGGGGGGGGGGGGGGGGGGGGGGGGGGGGGGGGGGGGGGGGGGGGGGGGGGGGGGGGGGGGGGGGGGGGGGGGGGGGGGGGGGGGGGGGGGGGGGGGGGGGGGGGGGGGGGGGGGGGGGGGGGGGGGGGGGGGGGGGGGGGGGGGGGGGGGGGGGGGGGGGGGUUUGUAUGAAAAUAAAGAAAUGCUUCUGGAUUUUGCACAUGAGUCUGGGGGGGAGGGGGCUGGAGGGGAAGGCAGGGAAGAGGUUUGGCGGGGGAAGUCUGGGACGAGGAGGCCUGAGGGGAGGCUGUGACUGGACAAUAGUCAACUAG